UUUAGUCAGGCAAUGAUGCACCUCCCGCGAAUCUACGAAAGGGGCCUUAAAGAUUCUUUUCCGCAAACAAUCAAACAAGAGGGUCAAGUAGCCUUUGCAUCAUUGACUAAAACGUUUCCUAUUACCAUUUUGAUGUAUAUUGUACUGUUCUCUAUGGUGACCUGUUUGUCGACAUGCUAUUGUUUAAUCGACGAUGGUGAGAAUGAGAAGCAUUGUGGUCCACUGAAGCAGUGGUUUGAAUCAACAUCAGUGUCAGUGGAGAUUGGCAAAAAGGGUUUCCACAGGGAGGUGGUAACCACUGUUGAGCUCAGCCCUGAUGUGGUCGCUGAGGUCAAUGUUUUACUGAUUUAUAGAUGGCCCAGAGGAGUCUACCUUGAUCCGUACCAACUCGCAGCAGAGAGUGAUCAAAGAGACUGGCAAAUAUUGCUCAAUUCAGACAUAGACCUAGAGGUGCCAGCUCACAAGACUUCAGGAUUUGUCACCUAUGUGUAUCCCACCCUUGAUGGGCCAUCUCCCAGACUGCUAAAAGUAACAAUUCCAAUACAUGGCCGCUACAGUGAGCCGUCUUUUAUUGGGAAAACAUUUACAUCUGUCAACAUAGAACCUCCAGAGCUUUUGCUGCGCACUGAAAAGUGUAUGCAGCUCAACAACUUGGACCCUCAUAAUGUCAUGGAUGCUCCCUGCACUGCUGACAAUUCAAGCACAUGUUCAUGGGUUAAAAUCCAGUGUCAGCAGGAGCAUGCCCCUGUGAGUUUCCAGUUUCCAGUUGGUGACAGGACUUUGGUGAUGCCUGUAUGCGGUGGAACUCUUCUGGUCACAGUGAUCUGCUGUGUGGCACUGUCCAAGUACAUGUGGAAACAUCACAUCUAAACAGUGAUGCUCAACAUUCUACUGAUACCAGAUACAUCAGUCUUGGGUUUAUAAUCAAAGACAUGUCAUAAUCCAGGUUUACUUCCCAAUUUAAUCCAAAUAACUUGGUUAGUGAGCAUCUUGGAACAGAUGACAGUAACUGAAUGUAAACAUGUUUGUUGCAGUUAAGACAGCUUUUCUUUAUUUUUUUGCAAGAUGUCUUCCUGUUAUAAUCUUGUCUCAGAAAGAGGAACUUGACCAAGGGCAUUCUAAUAGUUGACUUUUGUUUAAUUACUCUGUGUGAAACUGCAAAUAAUAUUUUAAACUCUGAAUAACACAAAAAAGUGCUGUUUUGUGUACUCUGUGGUGAAUUUUUACUUGGUAAACUAAGGAGAUCUUUUGCUGACAGAGUUUCAUUCUUUUGUGUUCUAACACUGUUACAAAAGGUCAGAUUAAACGUCUUUAAUAAAAGCAUAGGUUUUGAGACUUUCACUUAAAUAGCUGUAGGCUAUUGCACAGACUGUGUGGAUAAAACAAAUAUAGCAAUGCUAACAGUGGC